CACUCACCAUAUAUCACCAAGACAAUGAUUAUUGAUCACUUAUAUGAAGAUAUUCUUCGAAAAUUGACGGCACAGGGUAAAAUAAAAGAUAUUUCCAAUAAAUUGUUAUCUUUGCAAAGCAAUGAUGAACGAGUAUUAUAUGUCUACGAAUUAGUAAAGGAUUUAGAUUGUUUUCCAGCAGUUAAUGAAGUGAAAAAAUCAGAGAAUGUGUCUACAUAUUACCGUAACCAAGGCAACAAAUGUUUCCAGUCACAUGAGAAUUUGAAAGCAUGGCAAUUUUAUAAUUUGGCCCUGCUAUAUGCUCCUAUCAACUCUAAUAACUACUGCUAUGCUUUAUCAAAUAGAUCAAUUAUAUUUUUGGCUUUAAAGAAGUUUGAGGAAUGUUUGCUUGAUAUAGAUAGAGUGCUUGCUCUGGAGUACCCUAAGGAACUAAAAGAUAAAUUAUUAAAAAGAAAAGAAAUAUGUAAAGAAGCCUUACUUAAAAAUACUUUUAAACAUGUAGAGAAACCAGAUUUAAGUGAUUUUUUGGCUAUGAAAAGUAAAAAAGAUUCUAGAUACUUGUGUGCAAGUUCAAAGUUAGAGGUGCUGUUUACUGAACAGUUUGGACGCCAGGUGAUUGCAAAAGAAGAUAUAAAUGUGGGUGAAGUACUUGUUGAAGAGGAACCUUACCUCACUGUGCAGCUAAAAUCACAGUACAUUUUAAGUUGCAGCUAUUGUCUUUCAAGACAAAUAAAUUUGUAUCCAUGUGAAAGUUGUUGUUAUGCUCUCUAUUGUAGCAUUGAGUGCAAGAAUAAGGCUUUUAAAGAAUAUCACUCUGUUGAGUGUCAACUAAUGGCUAUAUUGUAUGAUAUGGACUUUACUAAAUUGGAAUUACUAGCUUUGAGAACUGUGAUAAAGUCACGUAAUGACCACAACAAUUGGGUUGAUCUAUUUAAUACAAUCAGUGAUGCAGAGGCAAAUAUGAACAAUGAAUUUCGUGGGCACAUCCAAAUAAAUGGCAAAUGGAUAUUUGAUUCAAAACAUUACGCUACAAUACACACAUUAGAAAGCAACAUUGAUAAACGAUCUGUAUCUGAUAUAUUUCAGAAAUCGGUUACGGGUGCUGUAUUUUUAAAAUUUUUGAAGGAAGAUACUAAUUUUCUUCAAGUAGAAGAUAAAGAACUAUAUGAGACUGUAGUAAAGAUUGUUUCUGGACUGUUAUUGCUUCAUUUAAUGACAAGUCCCACUAAUAUGCACGGAAUCACCUCUAAUAUGGAGGCAAAUGGUGUUUAUGUUAAAGAGGUGAAUUUAGCAAGCGCUCCGUAUGGAUAUCAUAGCCUCUUGAAUCAUUCUUGUGCCCCAAAUGUUGUAAGAUAUAACAAACUAGGUACUGGCAGUAUGUCCUUAAUGGCUUUACGUCCUAUCAAAAAAGGAAUGCAACUAUUUGAUAACUACGGAGCACACCAUGCAUUAGAGCAGAGGGAUGCACGUCGGGCAAAUCUGAAAUUUCAAUACAAAUUUGACUGCAUUUGCGAAGCCUGCAUUAACAACUGGCCAGUUUACUUAAGUAUGAGACCGUCCUUACAUGUUCCUGCAAAAUUGAUAAGUAUUAAAAACACAUUAAUAAAUAAAAGUGUUAUAGGAGAUUUAGAAAGAGGUAAUUUAGCUACUGCACAAAAAGUUUUUAAAACAUUAUGUAGUUUGUGUCAGAAUUUUGAGCCUUACGCACCAUGUGUUGAGUUGUUAGAUUGCCAAGAAGCAUUGAAACAGUGUUUAGCUAUUUUCUCUGGUCUACUGCCGGAGGGUAAUGAAAUUCUAAUACUAUGGCCUACUAUCCCUCCUGAAUUGAUUUAGAUUUUUUGUAAUUAAAAGUCUUCUAGUAUCUUAACUUUCUAUUUGUGUUACUGUAAGUUUCUGAGACUAAAAUCCCUUUAUAAAACACAUCCCUGUCAUUAUCUUUGAAUUUUUUAAUAGGUAUUUUUUGAUUUUAGAAACCCACCAUUAUAAACUUAUUAUAAGUUGUAACACAAUUACAGCACAAAUUAUGUUACAGAGUUUUUAAAAUGAUACUAGCUCAUUAGUAAGAAAUAAUUUUAAUAUUCAAUUUACAUCGUUUUCUGUGUGAAGAGGCUUAAAAGUAUUAACUUGCCAUUUUUAUAAAAUACGUUACGGAUUUUAUGAAAAUCUGAAGUUGUUAAGAAAUCAAUAUGUUAUAAUAUAAAUCAGAAUACAUGUUCCUUCUCUGUCAUAUUUAUAGCUUCCAAGUGUAUGUUUGUCUCCCUCGUAACGGGCGCACAAUAUUUUCUUCAGAGUAAUGACUGGUUUACAUGAUGUCAUUACAGUAUGGACUCACUGGCGCCAGUUAGUGUUUACAUUAUGCCAGUUAUAUGCUAUUGGUGAUUUUGGCCGCUAUUAUCUUACUUGAAGACUUCAUGGC